AUGAUUCGGGCUCCCACACUCAAGCUAUCGCACCUACUAACGUCAAUAGCGAAUUUCUCCUUUUUUGACGAGCUAAUCAACAUAACCGAGCCGAGUCCAUCUUCCUCAGUACAGCUACUGCAACAUGAUCUCUUUAAAAUCAACAAGGUUCUCGAUGAUAUUGACUUAUACUUGAACGACUUGAUUAUGGUUUUUAACAAUAUCAAACAAGUGUCCAAAAAUGCUCAAAACUUACUAGAUUGGUAUUUUGAAGGUAAAAAUGCCUUGAUUGAUUUGCUUCGAAAUUUGGAUAGCAUCGACUCGAUAAUCUCCAGGCUUUUGCUAGUGGUUGAAGUCGCAGAACCCUUAACCGAUAUAAACCAGAACAAUCUAAUACGAAAAUUUGAAGAAGCGAGUGAUUUAUUGUUGGAUGUCAAGAAAUCGCUGAUUUUGUUGAAAAAGAACUUGGACAUUUCAAUAAAGUAUCAUGAGUUGAUUGAGAAUGUUAUCAGGUCGCUAAAGGUGAAAAUUGAAGACUAUAUCAAGAGCGUCGUCAAGUUGAAGGAGUAUAAACUUACAAGCCCCCAGAGAGUUUUAGCAAAUUUCAGUUUGGCUGAUAUAGUUUCCAAAAUGAAGAUCAAUGAAUUUACAAGCACGAAUAAAAUCAAGUCAAUGCGAUUACCCACUUUUAACGAUUUAGAUGAAAAGAUUUAUGAAGAGUAUAUGGCGUUAGUGGAAAAGAUUGAACCGUUGUCCAUCUCGCUAAACAUUGUACCCUCUCAAAUUGAAGAGUUCAAUAAUGCAUGUUCACAAAGCCUUUUCCAAGAAUCUAGAGAGAAAGUAUUGCUAAGUUAUGAAUCCAUGUUGGACAAAUGGAAUUACCUCCAGAUCCAAAUGAAAAUCUUGAAAGUGGAAAAUAUAGAUUCAAAGUGGAAUCAGAUAUUCAAUUACUUGAUAGAACAGAUUGAACAGGAGUGUAAUGAGUUGAUAGAUGUAUUGGCAUUUUGGGAUUCCGCUAGUUGCAACGCAAGCUCUGUUGUCAACGAAGAUGUAGGUGGUAGAUACAAAGUAUGUGCAAACUCAGUUUACUUGAUUCAAAAUGCUAUACAUGAGAAUAUUAUCACCGAUAAAAGUUUACUGGCACAAUUUUAUAAGCAAUUACAACCAAAAUGGAUGGAGGUGAAUGACUUGAUAACACGAGCAAAGGCUCCUGACCCCGAAGGCUUUUCCAGAAAACAGCAUUUAACGCAGGAUACUCGGGACAAAACAUGCGAUAGCAAAGGCUUGCGCCAAUUUCAAACUAAAUCAAGAGGAGAAUCGCAAGGUUAUUUCGAGAGACUCACAAGCAAUGGACUAGGUAUUGAUUUUAAUGUAGAUGUGGAGUCAGUAACAAUGCCAUUGAGUGUUUUGAAAAAAGAUAAAAUGGUUGACAUAUUUACUGAUAAUGAAACUGACAAGUCCUGUGGCAAAAACUUGAGAAAUUCAUUGAUUCAAGUAUAUGAUUAUGUCAAUGAACGCAAAAAGGAAGACGAAGAAGAAACUUUAGUCAAGACACCAGUGCAGCAACGAAAAGUAACAAGCAAACACCUGGAACUGGCCCCAUUUGAUAUCACUGCAUAUUUUGAAAAUGUCUUAAACUCGAGUAUAAGAAAACCUUCCAAACUACCUAGAAUCCAUCCCAGCUAUAUACAGCUUGGCUACCCAGUUAUAUCUAAACGUAAAGGCUAUACACAAAUUCCUGCAAUCAAUGCAUCUCAUGUGGUUUUCCAAUCUCCCUUCCGUAUCAAAAAUGGUACAAGUUUACAAUUGAGUCUGCCAAAUCUAGACACUACAGUACAAUAUCACCGCCGUAAUGACCCAUUUUAUAUCUCAAGAUCACGCACUAGCUCGACUGCUACUGUAAUUGGAAGACCCAAUUCUCUACUAAAUGAAAUGAAGAUCCCAAACUUGACGUAUGCGAGAAAAUUGAGCUAUAAUUCCGCCUCUCCUGAACGUCCCUUGUCAUCUUCAUUGGGUUCAAGAUACAACGAUGAAAACUUGCUAAAGUCUUUUGAAUGA